AUGUGUAGAAUAGCUCGUUGUUGGCGUCAACAUAUAAUAACAAAAAAGCCUGACAUUUUUCACAAAACAAUGUUAAGAUGUAUUGAGGCUAGUCCAAAACUUAAUGAAAUUAUUGCUUGUGGUAGAUAUUGCUAUAGAGAUUUGAGAAAAUGGCCAAAACUUAAUAAAAUUUGGCUAAUUUACGAAUUAAAUAUGGACGAACAAAAAAUGUUAGAUUCUUGUAUAAAAUUGGGAGAAACACAUGCUGGUUAUGCACGUUUUGGAAUGAAACCUCAUUUUUUAGAUAUUUAUCAACAACAGUUUCUUGGUAAUUAUAAAUACUUUAAGGGUUUUAAUCGUUAUAAGGAUAAAAAUGAGAAUGUUCAGAAUUAUCGUAAACAUGGAUGGAAAAUAAAUGAGAUCCGGUUUUGGGAAAUAAUUUAUUUAAAAAAAGUUAAUUUGAAAUUUUUUAAAAAAUCAAAAUAUUCCAAAGAAAAAAUAUUAAAAAAAUUAUUUAUUAAAGGUUUAAUUGCUUGUAUUGAAUUUGAAUCAUCAAAAGAAAGAAAAGAAACUGUUGUAGCUUUUAGUAGACUUUGUUCAUUUAUAAUUAAUGCUUUCAUCAAUGCCUACGCCAUAAAAAGAUCAGAAUUAAAGGAGCAAGAAAGAGCUAUAAACAAUAAUACUUAA